AUGGCGGAACAAGAUAUCUACGGCGGUAAACUCGCCAAUCAUUCACCGUCCCUCCCAAGAGGCACCUUUACUGGCUCCGGCGCCGAACAAGACAUUUACGGUAAUACACUAGCCGGUCACACGCCCUCUCUUCCCCACGGGGCAUUCACCGGAUCUGGAGCCGAACAAGAUGUCUACGGCAGUAAAUUCGCCGACCACUCCCCGUCUCUACCAAGACCUUCUUUCGCUGGAUCUGGUGCCGAGCAGGAUAUCUACGGCAGCAAGUUUGCCGGGCAUUCUCCACCUCUGCCUCGGGCGAGUUUCGGGUCAUCUGGGGCCGAACAAGAUGUUUAUGGCUCGCAUUUCAAUCGCACCGCGUAUCAAGGUUUUGGAACUAGUGCGCUAGGACUACUGCACUCCGCAGUCUUACCGUCUUUUAGUCUGCAUGCUGGUUUGUCGGCGGUCGCGUACGGGGUUUCGCGGUAUGCGGAUAGAGUUGAGGGGAAGGACUUUCUUUGGGCUUCUGGAAUGACGUUGAAUGCUUGGUGGAGCGCUAUUGGUUCUCGCUAUGUUUACGAUAAUGUUUCGCCUCUUGAUGCUUGGAAUGGUCUUGGAUACUCGCAGAAGCUUCUCCUCGCUGGUGUUACUGCUUGGGGAGUGAGACUUACUUCCCGCGUUGUGUCGCGAAGCUUGAAGCGCGGAAAGGAUGACCCUCGCUAUGACGUUAAGAGAAAGGAUCCCGGUUUCUGGAACAUGGCGCUGUUUACCACAUUUCUGCCCGAGGCUGUCGCGCAGACUAUCAUCUCGCUUCCCUUUACAAUUCCUUUCCGCGCUGUAGCGGAGAGCGCUGUCGCCUCACCUUUCACUUCCAACGGAUCUGUCUUCCACUCACUAGCCAUCUUUUUGUUCACUACCGGAUUCGCUCUUGAGACCUUGGCCGAUGCCCAGCUUGAGUCAUUCAAGAAGGACGACACUGCUCAGGGAAUCAACCGCGAGGGCGUCUGGAGCAUUGUUCGACACCCCAACUAUCUUGGCGACGCCCUAAUCCACGCCUCAUUCCCCAUUCUUCUUCUCGGCGCCGGUAUCCUCCAUCCCAUUACUGCUCUCGGCCCAAUCGCCAACUACGUCUUCCUGCGCUACCUUGGUGGUGACAAGGAGAACGAGGAGAGUCAAGCAGAGCGAUACUCAAAGCACGACGCUGUAAAGGCGCAGGAGUUUGAGGAGUACCGACAGCAGAAGAACAGCUUCUGGCCCAAGUUGGAGGAGUUUAAGAAUACCUGGACGCUUGGAGUGUUGGGUGUUGGUGUGGCUGGCGUCGUCCUCGAGAGAGGACUUCGAACUAUGGUUUGA